GUCUGCGUUAGAUAAAUGCAAACACAUUCGUUUCAGUUGGAGCUUCUUGACUCGAACCGUUACCAUGUUUCGAAUUGCAUCUCUGUUCUGGCUUCUUGUAUGUUUGGGUGUCAGUGAUGGAAAAUUGUUUGGAGGAGUCUGGCAGAUAUGGACAAGAACAGGGGAUAUAGACCACGGUGGUUCUGACGCCAAUGUGUACCUGCACUUGAUUAACGCUGAUGCCAAAAACUCACCGCCUUUGCACUUAGACGAACCUCUUAGGAACGACUUUGAGCGCGGUCAGUAUGCCCCCUAUCUCUUCGUCACUAAUACUCACUUCGAAGACGUAUGCUGGAUUAGAAUGUAUCGUGAUAAUCUUGGCUUUUCCCCUAACUUGUAUAUCGAUUGGGUGAGAGUGAAAACUGUUUAUAUGCACCACCAUCGCGUCUUUGAAGUCUACGGCUGGGUCCCAACAGAAGAAGAAGAGAGGAACAACAACUUUAUAACAGAGCGCAAGCCACCGUGUAGAGCAGGUCACCUGGACUGAUUGAUCAAAGUGGCAAGGGCAGACAGCGGAUGACAAGGUACAGUACUGCAAACUGAAAUUUUGUUUUCGCCGUCUAAACUUUGAAGGCAUCCAGGACUCAAAUACUUGCUGAAAAUGCUUUUAUUUGUAGAAACUUGCUGGCAUGUCACAAUAAAGAAUGUCUGUUCAUGCAUGAA